AUGGCAGACCCUUCACUCUACACCUACCCUUCUCCGCUAGCGGGCUACGAGGACGCCACUCUUCUCCCCAACGAGAAGGCUGAGGAUGGAAAGAGCAUCGCAAACCCCCAGACAGGCAUCCUGAGUAAGAGCUACGAGCGCUUCACCGAGCCCCUGGACAACGGCAUCCGAGGCGCCUUCGACGUCCACAUCUACUACUUCCAGGCCAACCCUGAACAACUGCAGUUCGCCAAAGAGCUCUGGACGAGGAUCCGUCUCGAAUUCCCCGAACUCCGCAUCUACACCUUCUGGGAGCAGCCCAUCGGCCCGCACCCCAUCGCCAUGUUCGAGGUGAACCUCUUCACGCCCGCCCAGUUCGGCGCCUUCAUCCCGUGGCUGGUCAUCAACCGCGGCCCGCUGAGCGCCCUGCUGCACCCGAACACCGUCGACGCCCAGGGCCGCGAGCUGGACGAGUACCGCGACCAUACCCAGCGGGCCACCUGGCUCGGGACCCCGGUUGUUUUGGAUCUGAGCAUGUUUCGGGAGCGGGAAAAGAGAGAGACGGGGAUGAAGAAGUAG